AUGGUGCCACCGACGGACGAACCCACCCACCAGAACUGCAAGCAGAAGGGCGAUUUCCUGGCGUCGGUGGACAACAAGACGGUGAACAAUGUGAUAUCGCGGCUGCGGGCAGGCGUGGAGAUCAGAACACACACGCGCUAUCUACGCACCUAUCCCGACUCCUUUGUUGGCGGUGAGGCGGUGUCGUGGAUGAUCGAUCACAUCUUCACCCAAACGCGCGAGGAGGCGGUCGAGGUGGGCCAGAUGCUCCUCAACCACGGCGCCCUACGGCACGCCUCCCUGCAGGGCGCGCCCUUCGCCGACGGGCGGCAGCUCUACCAGUUUCUUCACCCGGAGGCCUACGCGUCGAACAAGAGUGGGUUCCUGGGACUCAAGCACGACCCGGCACUGCCCUACCGACUACGUUUACAACCCCUCGGCUACGUUUUCCUCAAAGAUCUUCUUCUCUCGAUUCCUUUUCCGUCCCUUACGGCUCACCACGCGGCCAUCUACACCAACAACCACUGCGAGUUUGAGAUGCACAUACAAUCGAAAGUUUUGACAUUUGUGGCCAAGGACCAGAAGGAGAUGAAGUCGUGGGUCGAGCUGUUCUACCCCUUUACUGUCGACGCCGAAAACGAGAGAAUGGAGCAGGCGGAGGAUAUGCUCAACAAGGCGAUGGAAAGGCAUUAUCUGCCGCACCGCCCAUUCGCUGUUCCCACGCUUGUGAGGAAGGAAGGCGAUGACGACGAUGACAUACGGUUCAACGUGGAGAAAGCGCUGGCCAAGGAGCGCGGGCGGCUGCAGCUCCUGCAGCUGCGGCGCGAAAUGCAGCAGGAGCGCAAGGACGCCGAGCGCAGCCGGCGGCGACGCGAACAGCGACUCGAGCUCCAGCAGGCCAGAGAGUUCCGACCGAGACACGGGGAGGCCGAGGGCUCGACCACCGCGACACUGACUACGCGGCCGCUGCAGGCACCCACGAGCGCCGAGGCGGAGGCUGAAGCGGGCGCAGACCAGCGACGUCAGCGACCGCCGCCGCGGGAGCGACAGUGUCCGCCGCACCAGCGCCGACGCAGCUACAGCCUGGAGGAGAGGGAGCACCCGCGGGACCUGCAGGCGCACGACGAGCGGGAGGGCGGGGGGUCCGCCGGACCCGCGUUGCGCGCGUUUCCGUGGCUGAUCGACGCGCCCCUGCAGCCGUCGCCGAAGGCCUCCCGGCGAGCCGCGGACAGCGACGCUGCGCAGGAGACGAAGGUCUGGUUCUACAGUUUUGACGGUGAAGAGCAGCACCAGUAUCAGCUCACGACGAUGAUGUAUCGGGAGGCGAACGACGACGAGGAGGAAGAGAACGGGCUGGAGCUGACGGCGACGGCGAUACGCGAGGCGGCGGUGUCGCGCGAGGCCUCGUCCACGGCGCCAGAAUCGGAGGUGGAGGUGGAAAGCGAGAGCGAGUCGUGGCCGCUCGAGGACCCGGCCAAGUGGCUGAAGCGCCGGGUCAAGGGCAAGGAGAAGCUCCUCCUCCUCCACGAUGAUGAGGAAGACGACGACCAAUUGGAGGCACACACCUCGUCCUCCAACCCCACCGCCUAA